AUGUAUUCUGGUAUUGGAUUUAAAGAAGAGGAAGAAUUUAAUUAUUUCGAAUCACAUUAUAGUGUAACAAAACAAAUGGUUGAAAAAUUAACAAAACAUUAUGAAAGUAAUACAUUAACAUUAAGAUUAAGAAUGCCAAUAUCAGAGAAUUUAAAUGAACCAAGAAAUUUCAUUACAAAGAUAAUAAAUUAUGAAAGAGUUGUAAAUAUUCCAAAUAGUUGUACAGUUUUACCAGACCUAUUACCAAUAGCAAUUGAUAUGUCAAUUAAACAAAUUAAAGGUGUUUAUAAUUUCGUUAAUCCUGGUGUAAUUUCACAUAAUGAAAUAUUAGAUCUUUAUACAUUAUUAAUUAAUCCAAAUUUUAAGUAUCAAAAUUUCACUGAAAUUGAACAAUCAAAAAUUUUAAAAUGUGGUAGAUCAAAUAAUCAUUUAGAUACAACAAAACUUGAAUCAUUAUAUCCAACAAUACCAAAUAUUAAAAAAUCAAUUGAAAAUAUUUUUUUAAAUUCAAAAAAAUAA